GUGUAACAGAAAGAAUUGGACGAAGUUAUCUAGUGAAGUAAAUACAUUCCUACAUAUCUACCUUCUUUUGUCCCAAUUAUUUCAAAGUAAAAUGUCAAUUCGAACAAACAAAAUGAAAGCCGUAGGUGUGUUGAUGAAGCAAUUGACAACGUCAAUGAGGAAAUUCCAUGAAAAAGGAAGAGAUGAAUCAUUUGAUGGGGAAUUGAAGAAGUUGUGGUUGGUUCUGAACAAAAUAAAGGAUGUGUUUGUGGAAGUGAAGAAGAAUGAAGAAAAACUGCUGGACACAUUAGCAGAGGUGCAUGACCAUCUUCGCAGGUUAGACCGUAGGAAGCUACAUCAAGACAUGCAUAGCAUUUGCAAGAGUAUCAAAGAUUCUGCUCUCGCUUUGCUCCCAAUGCUUGUUUUUGAUGACUCUAAUAAGGAGGAGGAUCACAGGGGUGACAAAAUAUCUCACUCGCAACAUGAGAUCAGUUCGGGAGAUUUUAACUCAAUAAGAGGUUACUUGCGUUCUCUUUUAAUUUUCCCUCCAAAUGUUGUGAUAAGGAAAAGAAAUGCAAUUAAUUUGUGGAUUUGGGAGCGUUUGAUUAAAAAUACAGAGGACAAAACAGCAGAGGAAUCGGGUGAGGAUGUGCUUGCUAAUCUUUUGAAACUUGAGGUGAUUGUUCGCUAUGGUAGUAGAAAGGAUCCCACUGUCAAUAAAUUUAAAAUUCCUCCUCAGGUCCGUAGUCAGUUGAAGAUAUAUUUUGAUAAAGAUUUAGAGCAUACGAACCCAUCGCGAUUACUGCUUGAAUUAAAAAAAGUUACAGUAGAUGGAGUUGAUAAGAGAAAUGUUAAUUUAGUUGAUAUUUUUAAUAUUGGUGCAAGUUAUCUGAAUUUUAGACCGCAAUGGGUCACCGAUCAGUUCAAGAAUUUAGAGGUGCUUCACCUAGGACGGUGGCAAGAUUCACCUUUGCAUCACAUUGAAGUUGGGAGUGAAGAAUUCUUGAGAGAGAUGCGAACUCUGAAGCAGUUAAAAUAUUUGAGUUUGCGUGGGAUAUCAAGAAUAUUCGAGCUUCCAUCCUCCAUUGCUAAACUUGAGAGUCUACUAAUUCUUGAUCUGAAAGCGUGUCAUAAUUUGGAAAGACUGCCUGAUGAUGUUUCAUCAAUGAAAAGUCUAACACAUCUGAUUAUGUCUGAGUGUUGCUUAUUGGAAGGCAUGCCAAAGGGGAUUGAGAAGCUCACUAAUCUCCAAGUACUCAAAGGAUUUUUAAUAAGCACUUCUGAAAACACUCCUUGCAGAAUAUCAGACCUUGGAAAUUUGAAAAAACUAAGACGACUGAGCAUAAAUAUAGGAAGGGAGGCCAUGAUGAGGGAUAACGAGUUUGAAAGUUUGAAAAAUUUUUCAGCACUUAAACAUCUCAAAAUAUCUUGGAGUGCGUCUCACCCAAGGUAUGCUAAAUUUCCUAUCUAUUUGCCAGCAGACUUGAGAAAGUUGCAUCUUGAAUGUUUUCCUGGAAAAAGUUUGCGAGAAUGUUUUCAAAUUUUCAAAAUGAUACCACCUGAGCUACAUAUAACUGGAGGAAAACUAGAAAUUAUACAUGACAUGGGAUUGCUGAAUGUGAAAAUUCUGCGUUUAAAGUACCUUAAACAAUUGAAGGUUAACAUAUACAACUUGGGAGCAUUUUUUGUUGGGCUGAAAUAUGUAGAAAUUAUACAAAUUUCAAACCACUCAUACUUUGAGCACUUCUAUGACUUGAACUUCUAA